AGGGGCACCUUGAUCUGUCAUCUCUGUGAUAUAGGAAAAAAAAAAAAUUCUUGCUUUUUUAACGCUCCUUCAAAGGCUCAGCUGCGCGCUCCCCCUUCUAACCCCCACCCCCUGCACCUUUAAGGCAAUGGAGAGGGACAAAAGCGUCUGCGGAGAAGGAGGCGCGGGUUUAUUCCACCGCGCUCUGAGGCAGGGCAGGUUCUGAGCGCAGGGACCAGAGAGUGCGCAGUGUGUGCGUGGAAGAUGCGUGUGCUUGUUGCUCCGCGGACGGAGAGAGGCGGCGAAGAGAGGAGUUUCCAGCGCAGCUAACAAUCAUCUCCAUCCUCUGAUGUUUUUUUCCCCCCCAACUUUCAUCUUCUGGCUGGGAUGACAUCUGGUUUCACACUUCUAAAUUUAUUUUACAGUAUAUAGUUUAUUUUCUUUAUUUUAAAGGCUUUGUUUUUGUUUUGUUUUUUUAUUUUAACUGUUGGGAGUUGGGUGUGCGCAAAAAGGCACUUUCUCCUAUGCGUCUCCAGCCUCUGACUCAGCAGCAACAGCGGAGGUGUCGGCACAGCUCACCUGGACCGGAGCGCACCGAGCCGAGCUCGCUCAUGAUCCCCGCAGAGCAGCGCUCCGAUACGGGCGGACGGCUGCUCUGAGGCCCGGAGCGGUGCGGUCUGGUGCGGUCAGUCCAAACGGCGGCACAGGGGGGAAGAGACGCACAGCUGUGGAUCUUAUACAAUAUCUGCGGUUUUACCAGGAGACAAUCAGCAGCAGGAAGGAGCUCAGACCUCCUCCUCUUCAUCUUCUUCUUCUUCCUCUCAACGUGCAGGAUUGAGCGAGAGAGAGACAGAACCAGAGAGAGGGAAAUAGAUUUGCAAGCUUUGCUUUCUUUCACUGCAAUUGACUUGUUGAAGAGAUAAAACAACGGGGAAAUAACAAGAAAGAGUGCGGGAAGAGAAGAAGAAAAAGCAUAAAAAUUGGAUAUUGAACGGAGCGGGGCAUGUGGAUAUUGGCUCUCAUCUUUUCCCAGUGCAUCUUGAAUGUUUUCUGUGAAGAUCUACGUUCCAGCUUAUAUUUUGUCAAUGCAUCUGUGCAAGAGGUAGUGUUUGCCAGCACCACAGGGACAUCGGUGCCCUGUCCCGCUGCAGGUGUGCCCCCUGUCUCACUGCGCUGGUACCUGGCCACCGGCGAGGAGAUCUAUGAUGUGCCAGGGAUCCGCCAUGUGCACCCCAAUGGCACCCUUCAGAUCUUCCACAUCCCCCCUUCCAGCUUCAGCAAACUCAUCCACGACAGCACUUACUAUUGCACAGCGGAGAACCCCUCAGGGAGAAUCAGGAGCCAAGAUGUCCACAUCAAGGCUGUACUACGAGAGCCGUACACUGUCCGGGUGGAGGACCAGAAAGCCAUGAGAGGCAAUGUGGCGGUCUUCAAGUGCAUUAUCCCUGCCUCAGUGGAGGCCUACAUCACUGUUGUGUCCUGGGAGAAAGACACAAUGUCAAUCAAUGCUGAAAUGUCACGGUUUCUAAUUACAUCCACGGGUGCCCUGUAUAUCCUGGAUGUACAAAUGGAAGAUGGGCUUUACAACUACAGGUGUAUGACACGACAUCGGUAUACAGGAGAGACCCGACAGAGCAAUAGUGCCCGCCUUAUUGUCUCAGAUCCAGCCAAUUCAGCACCGCACAUACUGGACAGCUUCGAGCGUCGUGAGGUAAUGGCGAAUCAUCGAGUGGAGUUGCCCUGUAAGGCCUCUGGCCACCCCUCACCCAAAUACCGCUGGCUAAAGGACAACCGGCCGCUGGAACCAGACACACGCUUUAGACAGAGCGUGACAGGCUUGCUGAUAGAGAGAGCCCAGUCCAGUGACACAGGGUCAUAUGUGUGUGAGGUGUGGAAUGGCUACGGGAAUGCUGAGGUUGUUGGCAGGUUGCAGGUAAAAGAGCCCCUGAAGGUGACGGUGAGUCCACGGAAGGUGAAGGGCAGCGUGGGAAGCCAGGUUUCCCUGACCUGCAGUGUAACUGGCUCCGAGGAGUAUCAACUAUCCUGGUACCGCAAUGGAGAGCUCAUUUACCCCAGCAACAGUGUCCGCAUGACAGGCCAAAACAGAGAGAAUCUGGUCAUGGCUGGCAUGGCCAAGAGCGAUGGGGGAGCGUAUCAAUGCUUUGCCAGGCAUGGGAAGAUGUCUGCCCAGGACUUUGUUCAAGUGAUACUGGAAGAUGGCACCCCAAAGAUCCUGGCUUCAUUCAGCGAGAAGGUCUACAACGUGAAUGAGUUUGUGUCACUGUCAUGCACGGUGAAGGGAACGCCGGAGCCCAGGGUAACAUGGACUCUGGAUGAUGAGCCCGUGAUCCGGGACAGCAGGCACCGUAUCUCCUACUACACCAACGCCGAAGGUCACGUGGUCAGCCAUCUCAACAUCACUCAGACCCAGGUCCCUGAUGGAGGGGUGUACCGCUGCAUCUGCAACAACUCGGCAGGGACGGUUUCCUACCAGGCGCGAAUAAACGUAAGAGGGCCUGCCAGCAUCAGACCAAUGAAAAACCUCACUGCCAUUGCUGGGCGGGACAUGUACAUCCACUGCCGUGUCAUUGGCUACCCUUACUAUUCCAUCAAGUGGUACAAGGACUCCAAUUUGCUGCCAUACAACCACCGGCAGCGAGCCUUCGAGAACAAUGGCACGCUGAAGCUGUUUGAUGUGCAGAAGGAUGUGGACGAAGGAGAAUACACGUGCAACGUGCUGGUGCAGCCUCAGCUGUCCACUCACCAGAGCGUCUAUGUUACUGUGAAAGUCCCACCCACCAUCCACCCGUUUGAGUUUCCCCGGUUUUCCAUCGGCCAGCGAGUCUUCAUCCCCUGUGUUGUCAUGUCUGGAGACCAACCCGUCUUCAUCACCUGGCAGAAGGAUGGCCGACCUAUUCCGGCCAGCCUGGGCGUCACCAUAGACAACAUAGAUUUCACCAGCUCACUGCGCAUCUCUAACCUCACCUUGGCCCACAAUGGCAAUUACACCUGCAUCGCCCGCAACCAAGCUGCAGCCGUGGAACACCAGAGUCAGCUCAUCGUUCGAGUUCCUCCUAAAUUUGUGGUGCAACCAAAGGACCAGGAUGCCAUCUAUGGAAAGGCAGUGAUCCUUAACUGCUCCGCUGAAGGCUAUCCAGUUCCUACUAUCCAAUGGGAGUACUCGAAAGGUGCUGGGGUCCCUCAGUUCAAACCCAUCGCUCUGAACUCUGGCUUUCGGAUCGAAGUUCUGGUGAAUGGCUCUCUACUUAUCAAGCAUGUGCUGGAGGAGGACAGCGGCUUCUACCUUUGUAGGGUCAGCAACGAUGUUGGGGCCGAUGUUAGCAAGUCCAUGUACCUGAACGUCAAAAUUCCUGCCAUGAUCACAUCCUACCCAAACACCACACUGGCUACACAAGGAGAGGAGAAGAAGAUGAGCUGCACUGCCCACGGAGAAAAACCCAUCAUGGUGCGCUGGGAGAAAGAGGAACGGAUCAUCAACCCCGAGACCAGCCGCUACGUCGUUUCGGUGAAGGAGGUGGGCGAUGAAGUCAUCUCUACCCUGCAGAUCAUGCCCACAGUGAGAGAGGACUCAGGCUUCUUCUCCUGCCAUGCCAUCAACUCCUUCGGUGAAGACAGAGGAAUCAUUCAGCUCACAGUGCAAGAGCCACCAGAUCCACCUGAGGUGGAGAUCAGAGAAGUGAAGGACAGAACCAUUGCUCUGCGGUGGACCAUGGGUUUUGAUGGCAACAGUCCCAUCACAGGCUUUGACAUUGAGAGCAAAAACAAAUCAGCUUCCUGGGACACCGCUCAGAAGACCAAAGAUGUCUCGCCUCAGCUCAACCAGGCCACCAUCAUCGACCUUCACCCCUCCUCCACGUACAACAUCCGCAUGUUUGCCAAGAACCUUAUCGGCAAGAGUGAGGCCAGCAAUGAGCUCACCAUCACCACAGACGAAGCAGCCCCCGAUGGACCUCCUCAAGACGUGCAGCUGGAAGCCCUCUCCUCUCAGAGCAUCCGGGUCACGUGGAGGCCGCCCAAGAAGCAUCUCCAGAACGGGGCCAUCCGUGGGUACCAGGUGGGCUACAGGGAAUACAGCUCGGGUGGAAACUACCAGUUCAGUGUGAUCAGCGUGGAAACGACAGGGGACAAUGCAGAAAGCCUGGUCCUGGACAACCUGAAGAAAUUCACCCAGUAUGGAGUGGUGGUGCAGGCCAGCAACAGUGCAGGGACAGGGCCGUCGUCCACUGAGGUGGCGGCUACCACUCUGGAGGAUGUGCCGAGUCGUCCUCCUGAGAACGUCCAGGCCGUGGCCACGUCUCCAGAGGUCAUCUCCCUGUCCUGGCUGACGCCUGCCAAAGACUUUCUGAAUGGCAACCUGCUGGGCUUCAGGGUCAUCUACUGGGCCAACCUGCCUGAUGGAGAGCUCGGUGAGAUCAGGAACGUUACAACCUCUAAACCCUCACUGGAACUGGACGGGCUGGAGAAAUACACUAACUACAGCAUCCAGGUGUUGGCAUUCACCAGAGCUGGAGACGGUGUUCGCAGUGAACAGAUUUACACCCGCACAAAGGAGGACGUUCCUGGCCCUCCAGCUGGUGUAAAAGCAGCAGCUGCAUCCAACUCAGUGGUGUUUGUGUCCUGGCUUCCCCCUCUCAAAGUGAACGGCAUCAUCAGGAAAUACACCGUUUUCUGCUCCAACCCACACCCUACGGUGAGCAGUGAAUUUGAGGCGGCUCCAGAUGUCUUCUUCUACCGCAUCCCUAACCUGAGCAGGAACCGGCAGUACAGUAUCUGGGUGGUGGCUGUCACAGCAGCAGGCCGCGGAAACGCCAGCGAGAUCAUCACUGUCAAACCCAUGGCUGAGGCUCCGGCUCGAAUCCUGACUUUCAACCGGACAGUCACAACGCCGUGGAUGAGGGACAUUGUGCUCCCCUGUAAGGCAGUGGGGGAUCCAUCCCCAACCAUCAAGUGGCUGAAAGAGAUCAAUGGAACCCCUGCUCCUGUUGUGAUAGACAGCCGGCGCAGUGUCCAUGGAAACGGCAGCCUUGUUGUCCGCACAGUGAAAGCCGAGGAUUCUGGGAAUUACACUUGUGUGGCCAGUAAUAGCUUUGGUUCGGAAAAGAUCGUACUCAAUCUGCAGGUUCAAGUUCCACCUGACCAGCCUCGCCUCACCGUGACGAAAACAACCACAACCUCCAUCACCCUCUCCUGGAUCCCAGGAGACAAUGGUGGCAGCUCCAUACGAGGCUACAUUCUUCAGUACUCUGAGGAUAACAGCGAGCAGUGGGGUAACUUUGCCAUCAGUCCCAGUGAGCGCUCCUAUCGACUGGAAAACCUCAAGUGUGGUACCUGGUACAAGUUCACCCUCACAGCGCAGAAUGCAGUUGGCCCCGGUCGGAUCAGUGAGAUCAUAGAGGCAAAGACUCAUGGCAAAGAGCCCCAGUACUCUAAGGAACAGGAGCUUUUCACCAGCAUCAACGCCACUAGGGUAAAGCUCAACCUGAAUGGCUGGAAUAAUGGCGGAUGUCCGAUCACCUCCUUCACCCUGGAAUACCGGGCCGCUGACUCACCCUCGUGGACCACGGCACAGCGCACAUCUCUUACAAAAAGCUACAUCCUGUACGACCUGCAGGAGGCCACCUGGUACGAGCUGCAGAUGAAAGUGUCCAACAGCGCCGGCUAUGCUGAGAAGAGAGUCAAGUUUGCAACACUCAGCUAUGAUGGCAGUACCAUCGCUCCUUUGGUGAAAGCACCAAAUGUGAGUAAGGAUACCUCUGGGGGAGGCGGAGGAUUGAAGAUGAUGGUGACCAUUUCCUGCGUGUUGGUGGGGAUCGUUGUAAUUUUCAUUGGGCUGCUGGUGCUGAGGAGGAGGAGGAGGGAACAGAGGCUCAAGAGGCUGAGAGAUGCAAAAAGUUUGGCUGAAAUGCUCAUGAGUAAAAACACCCGUCCGGCUGAGCCAAUUAACAAACAGCAACAAACACUCCGCAUGCACAUCGACAUCCCCCGAGCUCAGCUUCUCAUUGAGGAAAGGGACACCAUGGAGACUGUUGACGACAGAUCCACUGUGCUGCUGACAGAUAAUGACUUUGGGGAGACACAGAAGCAAAAGUCGUCCACAGUCACCCAUACUGUCCACUACCAGUCCCUCUCUCAAGCCACUGGUCCACUGGUGGAUGUAUCAGAUGCUAGGCCAGGAACCAGUAAGUCCAACCCCACCGCACGCCGCACAGCCAAAGCUGGCCCUGCUGCCCGCAACCGCUACGCCAGCCAGUGGACUCUGAACCGUCCCCACCCUCCUGUUUCCUCCCACACUCUCAGCACUGACUGGAGGCUGCCCACACCCAGGGUUGCAGGGUCCGUUGACAAGGAGAGUGACAGCUACAGCGUCAGCCCAUCUCAGGACACAGAUCGAGCACGGAGCAGCAUGGUGUCUACAGAGAGCGCCUCCUCCACCUACGAGGAGCUUGCCCGGGCCUACGAGCACGCCAAGAUGGAGGAGCAGCUGCGCCACGCCAAAUUCACCAUCACUGAGUGCUUCAUCUCUGACACUUCCUCGGAGCAGAUGACGGCAGGCACUAAUGACUACACCGACAGCCUGACGUCCAGCACGCCAUCCGAGUCGGGCAUCUGCCGCUUCACUGCUUCUCCGCCCAAGCCUCAGGAUGUCAGCCGGGUCAUGAACAUGGCUGUGCCCAAGGCCCACAGACCCGGAGGCGAGCUGGUUCACCUUCCUCCAUACCUGCGCAUGGACUUCCUGUUAAAUCGAGGCAUGACCUGCUCAGGCUCCUCCAGGGGGACAGCUAGUGGCGAGAGAGCCGCCAUGGGUCAGACCUGUCUCGAGCCCCAGAAAAGCCGCUCGCUGAAGCGGCCGUCUCGCAUGGCGCCUCCCACACCCACAGAGGCCCCUCAGGCCAGCAGGGACCCAGUGCCCCAGUGGCAGCCUGGCUCUGCGGCCACACUCCCACACAGGGAGGGCUCAGAGCUGGCCCAAGCUGCCAAGCUCAGCACCUCACAGGAGUCCCUGCUGGACUCCAGAGGACAUCUCAAACAGAGCAGCAACCCCUACGCAAAGUCUUACACACUGGUAUAACAGCAGGGGCACCUGGGACAGGACUAGAACUCACUCUAACACUGGACUUAACACUCAAGUGCAGUAAACUGACUCUCACCACGCAGUUCUGUAUAUAUGUGCCCUCCCCUCAUGGCUGGGGUCACUUUUACUAAUCUCCUUUUAUUUAUUUUAGAGUUUUCUUUUACAUCCUAUUUGUAUUUUUUGCUUUUGUUUCCACCUUGGGAGGAAAAAGUCACUCAUUCGAAACAACUCCAAGCGGAGCUUUGCCAAACUAAUUGAGUAAGAAGGGAGCAUUAUUUAUUCUUGGUAAUUCUUUAUUAUUAAUCGACUGUUAGUUGUCAGCAAUUAAUGAUCAUUAAUUACCAAGUACCAAAUGAUCCAAGAUCAGCAUUACUGCUCUAUGUUUUUAUAAGAUCCAGGACAUUGUUCAUUCCUUUUUUUAGUUUCCUGCAGUGGAAGAUGACGAUUUGGAGUCAUUUUUUUUUCCUACGGAACAUUUUUCCCGAGAGGCUGAACAAAACCUCGGGGGAACCUUGGAAUGAAAGCAAUUGACACCAGUCCAAACUUUUCAGCUGCUCUCAAAUUGUUACUUAUUUUGAAGAGAAAAGAAAAAAAAAAUCUAUUUCCUAUGGACGCAUGGGGACUGACCAACUAAAAGACGAUGAUUACGGCUGUGGCUGGAUUGUCCAGUCAGGCGUUUUGUCACACUAUGACAUGAUCCAAUGUGAAGAUUUAUUAUUCUUAUUACUAUAAAUAUAUAUAUAAAAAGAGAAAUCACUUUUAUUUGUGGAUAUUACAGGGAAUAAUUUGAUUUGGUUAAUAAAGUCCUUAGUCAUGUUUGCACAUAUCUUGUUUUAAUUAGGAAAUUAAGGAGUCUCUGUUCAUCUUUCUCUGUGUCCCAUUCUUGAUGGUGCAAUAUGAUAAAAAGAUAAGACGAUUAUAUGAAAACUAUUGAUCUAUACUUUACUGUAAUGAUAAGAAAUAACUAUGUUGUGAGUAUAAAUGCAGGGCUGGACACUCUCCAGCUCUUGUCUUCAGGUGUAGUUUGCCACUGCUUGUUUGCCCAGGUGGUGAAUGAUGUUAGCUAGAACAGGGAGGCUUUGGAGAACCGAGGGUUUGCACUUUGAGUCAGCCCGACUCAAGCGUGUCCAGAUAGACCCCCCCCCCCUCCUUACGGUGCACUAGUUAGAGUCUUUGGAGCGCUUGCUCCUCUCAGUAGAUUUACUGUUGCUGCAUUAGCAGGGAUGCUCCUCGACAGGGAAGAUAAGACAUGUGAGACAAUCCAGCAGAAUCCCCACGUCAAACCAAACUUAUAAUGUCUAUGGGAAAUAUCUAAAAAAUGUUAAUAAUGUGGAUAUACGUAAGAAGCUGUUUUUAAUUCCUGUCUGCCCUGGCCCAUUUCUGUUCUUUCUGUUUUCUUUGAGUUAAUCUGAAGGGACAAGAGUUUGAUACAAAACGCUGUGAGGUCAUACUGUCAGUUUCUACGGUUAGUUUUACGAUUAACUGUCUUCAUUUUGAUUACUCAUUUUCAAAAAAAAAAUGUCACUUUUUUAUUUUUAACAUUGGUGUUCACCAUGGUGGCACUGGAAUAAAGAGAAACUAACACAAAGGUUCAAAUUUGACUAAUAAAAUGGCUGUUCCCCAAA